AUGUACGUACACCCCGCGUGCGCGCUGCUGUACGCCUUCAGCGCCCCUGCGUCUGCAGCAGCAGCAGCAGCAGCAGCAGCAGCAGCAGCAGCAGCAGCAGCAGCAGCAGCAGCAGCAGCGGUGGAGUGGGAAGCAGUGGCGAAAGCAGCAGCGGCAGGUUUGCAGGGCAGUAACAAGCAGCGGCAAAAGCAGCAGCAGCAGCAGCAGCAGCAGCACGAGAGCGGUAGAGUAUGA